AUGCCCGAAGCGUCAGAGAACGCCACUACUUCGACGCAAGACCGAGAAGCCGCAACGUGCACUACCUAUAGAACCAAUGGCCCGGCGAGCACCACUGCAUCAUCGGAGAUCACCAUCACUUUGACGCAAGACCGAGAAGCUGCCGCGUGCACUAAGUACUGGGCGAAUGGCCCCGCGAGAGUCCACAUAGUGUCGGACAGCUCCAUCACUUCGACGCAAGACCGAGAAGCCACAACGUACACUACCUAUAGGACUAAUGGCCCGGUGAGCACCCCUGCAGCAUUGCAGAGCACCAUCACAUCAACGGAAGACCGAGAAGCCGCCGCGUGCAAUAACUACCGGGCCAAUGGCCCAGUGAGAGUCCACAUAGUGUCGGACAGCUCCAUCACUUCAACGAAAGACCGAGAAGCGACAACGUACACUACCUAUAGGACUAAUGACCCGGUGAGCACCCCUGCAUCAUCGGAGAGCACCAUCACUCUGAUGCAAGACCGAGAAGUCGCCGCGUGCACUAAAAACAGGGCCAAUGGCCCAGCGAGAGUCCAAAUAGUGUCGGACAGUUCCAUCACUUCGACGCAAGACCGAGAAGCCACAACGUACACUACCUAUAGGACUAAUGGCCCGGUGAGCACCCCUGCAGCAUCGGAGAGCACCAUCCCUCUGAUGCAAUACCGAGAAGCCGCCGCAUGCACCAACUACAGUGCCAAUGGCCCAGCGAGAGUCCACAUAGUGUCGGACGGCUCCGUCACUUCGAUGCAAGACCGAGAAGAAGCCAGAACGUACACUACCUAUAGGACUAAUGGCCCGGUGAGCACCCCUGCAGCAUCGGAGAGCACAAUCACUCUGAUGCAAGACCGAGAAGCCGCCGCGUGCACCAACUACAGUGUCAAUGGCCUAGCGAGAGUCCACAUAGUGUCGGACGGCUCCGUCACUUCGAUGCAAGACCGUGAAGAAGCCAGAACGUACACUACCUAUAGGACUAAUGGCCCGGUGAGCACCCCUGCAGCAUCGGAGAGCACAAUCACUCUGAUGCAAGACCGAGAAGCCGCCGCGUGCACCAACUACAGGGCCAAUGGCCCAGCGAGAGUCCGAAUAGUGUCGGACAGCUCCAUCACUUCGACGCAAGACCGAGAAGAAGCCACAACGUACCCUACCUAUAGGACUAAUGGCCCGGUGAGCACCCCUGCAGCAUCCGAGAGCACCAUCACUCGUAUGCAAUACCGAGAAGCCGCCACGUGCACUAACUACAGGGCCAAUGGCCCAGCGAGAGUCCACAUAGUGUCGGACAGCUCCAUCGCUUCGACGAAAGACCGAGAAGCCACAAAGUUCACUACCUAUAGGACUAAUGACCCGGUGAGCACCCCUGCAUCAUCGGAGAGCACCAUCACUCUGAUGCAAGACCGAGAAGUCGCCGCGUGCACUAACAACAGGGCCAAUGGCCAGCGAGAGUCCAGAAAUAGUGUCGGACAGUUCAUCACUUCGACGCAAGACUGA